AUGGGAAAUGUAUUAGAGCAUGAAGAGAGCAAAGUUAAGCCAAAGGUUUUGAAACCUGAUGGAAAGAUAGGACCUGAUUCUGGCCUAAUUUUAGAAGAAUCACCUUCAAAAAGCAGAUACGGAAAAUUUCAAUGGCGCGAGCUGUUAUUUGUUUGGAUCUGUGCUUUAACUGUGCGCAUAUAUCGGAUUGAGCGUGGCGGGUUUGUGAUCUGGGAUGAAGCUCAUUUUGGUAAGUUUGCCAUGCACUAUCUGGACCGAGAGUUCUUCUUUGACGUGCACCCGCCGCUUGGUAAGAUGUUGACCGCCCUGAGUGCUUACUUGGCGGGAGUUAAGGACCGGUUUGCUUUUGAAAGUGAAGCGGCUUAUCCCUUAAGUGUGGACUAUGGGGCUAUGCGGGUUUUCCAUGCCGUUUUUGGGGCAGUCGUACCCGCUUGUGUUUAUGCGAUUGUACGGUCGUUGGGAUUUAGUCGGCUGACAGCUCGUGUGCUCGCUUUUGCUGCGGUUUUUGAUAAUGCCUUGGUUGCGAUUUCUCGUUUGAUUUUAUUAGAUCCGUAUCUGCUGGCAACAGUAGUCUUUUCGGAAGUCUUCCUAGCCCGGGUGAUCAUGGACUCGCGCCGGUUACAACGACUUGGCCCUGAUUUAUUAGGACUUGGUUUAGGAAUUGGUCUAGCUAUGAGUGUUAAAUGGAUUGGUUGUUUGACCGUUGCCCAUGUAGGUUUCUAUGCUACUUAUGUUUUGUUAUGUGAAAUCCGCGCCCGGCGCUUAGCAGCUAUUCGUUUAUUUGUUCGUUUGGCACUUGCGCUAAUUGUCCUGCCAAUCUGUGUGUAUGCGCUUUGCUUUGCCGUGCACUUCCAUAUCCUGAACCGUUCAGGACCUGGUGAUGGCGAUAUGAGCAGCCGCUUCCAAGCCCAUCUCCAGAAUAAUGAAAUGCUAGCCAAUGAAGAGAAAGUCCUCUACGGCAACCGAGUGACUUUCCGUAACUCCAUUCCUGCUACCGGCCUCCUCCACUCCCACGUUGAUCGCUACCCCACGGGUGAACAACAAAUCACGACCUACCCCCAUAAAGACUCUAACAAUCAUUGGCGCAUUCUUAUGGUAGGUACUGAUCCCGACCAAGUUCACUACCAAGAAGACCUCGUCCUCAUGCAUAUCCAAACCAGUGCCUACUUAGCCGUUGAGCCCCGGGCCGCCCCCCUUUCUCAUGGCCACUUAGUCGCCGCCCUGACCAAAGAAGAAAUGAACGGUGCUAUCCAAGGGAAUACCGUAUUCACGCUUGAACCUGCCCAGAAACCAUCCACUCCCCACUCAACCGUUGCACCUAUCGACUCUUUCUUCUACAUCCGGAAUAAGUCCAAUCGUUGCUAUCUCACCUAUACCGGUAAAAAGCUCCCAGCCUGGGGCCAUAAACAAGGUGAAAUCGUCUGUACCGAGGAAAAGUCCGCCGGCUCACUCUGGAAUAUUGAAAUGAACCAAAUAGAUGAUCAACCCCGUCUACCCAAACCACCCCAAACUCCUUCGACUAAAGACUUCCUCCAAAACUUCCUCGAACUCAAUCUCGCCAUGAAUGCCGCUAAUAAUGCCCUCGUUGAUGAUGGUAAAGAUACAAUCGGCACCAGACCCGAGCAAUGGCUCUUCCCGCGUAAAUGGCUACGCUUCAAUCGCUGGGAUGGCACAAUUCCCCGUUUCGCCAUGGUCGGCAACCCCUUCACCUGGUACUUAAGCACACUCAAUAUUCUAACUCUUCUUCUAGCCACUAUCGCUGCCUUUCUCAAACCCAAGAAAUCAACCAAUCGCUACCUCUCCCGCCGCACCGGCCGACUCUACCUUGUUUUUGGCGGCUGGCUCAUUCACUUCCUCCCCUUCUUCCUAGUCAACCGCAUCAAGUACCUC